CUGAUGGGAUGUGAGAAAAGGAAUCUUCAUCCACUCACUUAAGGAAGAACUUUGAUCAUCCGCGCAUACUUCAAAUCAAACAGGAAUCCGUGAGGAUGGUCCUCGUUCUUCCCUUCCUUCGGUUCCUCGGUCUUGCUCUCGCUCGUCUUCUUCUUGUUCCCCUCUUCGUUGUUCGCGUUUUCCUCGUCCUCCUUGCUUUCUUCGUCUCCGCUCUCGCGCUCGUCGUCCCCACUGCUUCCGCUGCAGCUCGUGAAACGGGGAUCAUCGGGGUGAGCGAUCACCGACUCCAACGAGG